UCACGUCGAAAAUUAGUUCGCACGUACACGGACAGUCGUAACGCGCAUUGUUUGACUCAUUGUUGCACGCGAAUUAGCGCAACGUCGCGUAACUCGGUAGCGACCAAUUGCGAGAUGCGGUUAAUUCGCUUUGCUGCAUGGUUCGUUUUCCUAUUCGUCGGUUAUUAUCGGGAGACAGGCUUUUGCACGCGUUUUGAAACAUUGAUAGGUCUUGGCUAGCAAGCAACGAAUUUUUCUUCCACCCUCUCUGUUGAAUCAUUCAAUCAUAUUAGAAAUAUUUAUGAAGAAGAAAUUGUAGGCAACAAACCCUUCGAUGUAAUGGAUUUUCUGUGCCUAAUUACGAUACUUAGCCCAUUUUUCUUUCUAAUGCAAACGGAACUCCUGCCGGGAGUGAAGGUGCUCUUCUUUAGUGACUUCCUUUAUCUUCCGAGCGAUCGGAUUCUUUCGGGCAUGCUCGAUUACAUUAACAGAAAGUUCCCAUUUAUCGUACGGUGCGCUUCGCGAUUUAGCGACACGAAUCAGCUAAUUGUAUCUUGCGAUUCAGUGCUGGCUGUGCGUGCUAAAUCGCCGUCAACAAUAAGGGCGGCAAAAUGCACGUGCGGCUAUUCGUCCAUCCAAUCUUUUUCAAGGUACCAUUCCGCUUUAAUGGUGCAGAAUUUUGUUCAUUUCGCUCUCUCGCAAUUUCGCUAUUUACCAGCACCGUGAUAUUUUUCUGAAAAAGCAUCGAUUCCGGAAUCGGAAGCGGAAGGAGAGCGCGCUGCAACUGGAAAUUUCGUGCGGUUGAACGCGCACGUUCUUAAGCUUAAGGAAGCAAGUAAAAAAAGCUACCUCUUGCAGUGCUUCGUCGUCGAGGUCGCCGAUUGCAAUUUCGCCGUCAAUCAGUCGCGACGCCGACGUCGCGACUUUACAAUUUCCGCGAGUACGAGCGCGCGUCGACGGUAAAAACAUGUCAUGGCCAAUCGAACCACGUGUGUAUGGACGCACAAUGGCAUAACUUACGUGCCGUUGUACCUAUGGUCAGGCUUGGUUUAAUCAUAUGUAUUUGGCAACCGGUUCUUUUUAAUGGAUAACGCAUCAGCGAUCCAUGCGCGAGAUACAAUUCCACGUCACGAUUAAUUUCUGGAUAAUGAUAAUGACUGAAUUUUAAUUCCUGUCCUUUUAUAUUAUAUAAAUUUGUCUAAAAUUCUGUUUAUAUAUAUAUAUAUAUAAACAUCGAAUCAAAUGGACUCGCGAGGGCGGAUUUAUCGUUCUUACGAACCGGCGUGAGUGAUUUCGUCGUGAAUUGACGAUCAUGAGAGAACGUUUUCCGGAAAGGUGAAAAUAUUUUAUUCGGAAAAAUUACGGAACUCUCAGAUGACACGGUGGAAUUUUGUUGCGAUACCAUAGUGUAUUCAGCGUAGCGCGCUUUCGUGAUCAAAGCCGGUCGAUGAAAGCUCGCGUUGUCGCCGCGGACAAGCGAGAGGCAUCGUAAAAUCGCGCCGAAUAGUAUAUCCAAGUUGCGAAUCCAUUUGUGUCCGGUUUCCUGUCGCUUUUCUAUUGACAUUGCGUGUUCGCAAUUGGUUUCGGCAAAAUGGAACAGUACGUGACAGAGAAAUUGGAUAAUUCUUCACAGGCACAUAUGUAUCGCGAUUUCGACCACAUUUUUUUGUUUACAAUAUCUUUUGCAAGAUAUUUUAUCAAGCACAAUAGAAGACAACGCUUUUUCUGGUAUUUUAGUUCAAUUUAUGUGCAAUAAUUGUUUCCUUCCUCGAUAAAUAUCGGAAAGAAGUAAUCAAAGAAAUACGGGAGCGCUGUAUUAGUUUUUUUCUUGCACAUCUCCUAUUCUAUUUUGCCCGCUUAAAGACUGCAAACCAGAACUCGGGCAGAAACUUUCGACGCUUGCAAUUAAAAUGAAGUUCAACGAUAAACUUUGACAAAACGGCCUCGAGUGUGUUUGACGCGCAUAAAUCGACCUCGCAAUUGCGCCGCCGACAUGUCGCCACGCUAUUACACCGAAAGGAAGCGAGCGAAUCGAAAAAGACGCGAUUUCGAUUCCGUCCGCAUUCCCCAAUUUACUUUUCGACUGCCUGAAAUUUGGGAUUAAUGAAAAAGUAAAUCUAUUUGGGAAAAUUGCUCGUGGAUUGCGACGGUAAAUAAGGAAUCGUAUUUUGCCGCGGUGAUCUAUCUUGAUCUGAGGAUUUCUAUAUCGAAACCUCGCUCGAUUCAAGGUCAGUUAAUGCGAAUCUGAGCUUAGGGUUCAAGGACGAAAUCAAGAGGCAGGUGGACUCGUCCACUUAUGGAAGUGCGCGCGUCGUUCGCCACGUCAAGAGCGAGACGGGCGAGUGCUCAUUCAGAAAUCCGGCCUGAAAAUAGAAGCAUCCACACGAUCGAGGUGUUCGGUGCACGAUGACGCUGGAUGGGAAUCCGCGGCGCUCGUAGCAGCGUCCAGCAGGAAGAUUAUGAGCCUGAAAAGGCUCCCUAGAUUGCUGGCGCACGUGGAGACUAAGGUAUGGCCGCGGUAGCUGGCAUCUAUGGCAUUUCAGAGGAUCGACACACCAGAUACUCCGAUCAUCGGCAACGUGAUCAAAUAUCGCUGCCGAAACUCAGCAGCCAGGACGAGGAUGGGACGAAUCCCCACACCCAAUACACAGGCGUCACACACUUCGAGCCCAUACCGCACGAUCAUGACUUUUGCGAGAGGGUCGUCAUCAACGUGAGCGGGCUACGGUUUGAAACACAGCUGCGUACGCUGAACCAAUUUCCGGACACGCUGCUCGGCGAUCCGUCACGGCGGCUCCGAUACUUCGAUCCGCUGCGCAACGAAUACUUUUUCGAUCGGAAUCGACCCUCCUUCGAUGCCAUACUCUACUACUAUCAGAGCGGCGGCCGCCUACGCCGCCCGGUCAAUGUCCCGCUCGAUGUCUUCUCUGAGGAGAUCAAGUUCUACGAGCUGGGCGAGAUGGCUACCAACAAGUUCAGGGAGGACGAGGGCUUCAUCAAGGAGGAGGAAAAGCCGCUGCCCGCGCACGAGUUUCAGAGGAAGGUCUGGCUGUUGUUCGAGUACCCGGAGAGCUCGCAAGGCGCCCGGGUAGUUGCCAUAAUAUCCGUGUUCGUGAUCCUCCUGUCGAUCGUGAUCUUCUGCCUGGAGACGCUGCCCGAGUUCAAGCACUACAAGGUCUUCAACACGACGACGAACGGCACGAAGAUCGAGGAGGACGAAGUGCCGGACAUCACGGACCCGUUCUUCCUAAUAGAGACUAUUUGUAUCAUCUGGUUCACGUUCGAGUUAACAGUGCGCUUCCUCGCCUGCCCAAACAAAUUCAACUUCUUCCGUGACGUAAUGAACAUCAUCGACAUCAUCGCGAUCAUUCCGUACUUCAUCACCCUCGCCACGGUGGUGGCCGAGGAGGAGGACACGCUGAAUCUACCCAAGGCGCCGGUAAGCCCGCAGGACAAGAGCACGAACCAGGCGAUGUCCCUGGCGAUACUCAGGGUGAUCAGGCUGGUCAGAGUGUUCCGGAUAUUCAAGUUAUCCAGGCACAGUAAAGGCCUCCAGAUCCUCGGGCGAACCCUCAAGGCCUCGAUGAGGGAACUCGGACUGCUCAUCUUUUUCCUCUUCAUCGGUGUGGUGCUAUUCUCGUCGGCGGUAUACUUCGCGGAGGCCGGCUCCGAGAAUUCGUUCUUCAAGUCCAUUCCGGACGCGUUCUGGUGGGCCGUUGUCACGAUGACGACCGUGGGCUAUGGUGACAUGACGCCCGUGGGAGUCUGGGGGAAGAUCGUGGGCUCGUUGUGCGCGAUUGCCGGCGUCUUGACGAUUGCCCUACCCGUCCCCGUCAUUGUCUCCAAUUUCAACUACUUCUAUCAUCGUGAGACUGACCAGGAGGAGAUGCAGUCGCAGAACUUCAAUCACGUAACCAGCUGCCCGUAUCUUCCUGGCACUUUAGGUCUGAAGAAGAUCUCGAUGUCGGAGUCCUCGUCGGAUAUAAUGGAAUUGGAGGAGGGCACUCUGUUUACUCAUCCGGAGAUUACUAAGAAGUCAAAUUGCAACCCUCGCCACAAUAACAAUAUCAAUCCAGCCUGCGUGAGCAUCGAGACUGACGUCUGACUACUAGUGAAGGAGACGGUGGCAGCGUGGUGGCCGUUACUGAGCCAGUUGUCGAAGAGCAACUGCAGCUCCCUGCGGUGCCUGACGUAGGCCUCCUUCACACGUCGUCGUAGCGGCUAGCACCAGCGUCGCUCGUUAGCCUGUCCAACCAGGUCCGUCAACACGAGGGGCACUUCGGGUUAGAGUCGUGAGGGAUCAUGAAGGAGCUGAGUCAGGAACGCUUCUUCUCCCAUCGAGGAUGUUACGAGAAAUCGAUGUUGGGAGAGGUGUGGCGGGAUCCAGAAUGUGCGAGGAGCGAGAGAGGGGAGGAACGAAAAAGCACCCCGCUCUCGAGACGUCGUCACCUUCCUCACCACCUCCUUGGAGAGCUUGCGCCCCGCGUAAGGACCCACGUGCGAACGAAGGGGACGGGAUAUUCCUCGCUCGCGUGCGUGCGUGUGCGUGUGUGCUCGCGCGCGCGCGCGACCUGAACCCCCUCCCCACACCACCGACUCCAGUGUUCAAAACAAAAAAAAAGAAAUGAAAAUGUAACAAAUGAUAACGAAGAAACAUCGCGGCGUCUUCGUAUAAGCGCCGUCGAGUGUCCCCCCGUCCCUGCGGGCUUUUCCGGCUCUCGGCCGAGUGAGACGGGGAGGGGGGGAGCCGGUAGACGGCGGAAGCAACGGGGAUCGUACCAGAUAAUACUAUAUUAAUUAUUAUCGAUACAAUUAAUCGAGUACCGUACACACGUAGGGCGAGGGUAAGUUAACAAAGUAUGUUUUACGAUUAAUCGCGAGUGCGGACGAGGACAUUUGGAAGACGCUGCUUGCGGAAGAGGCGAAAAAGGAAAAGCGAAGCAUUCAAGGACGAAGGACCGUAAGAUGAGGUUUGCAGAGGCAGAGAGAAAGAACCUGUCACGUGGCGAAAAGACUGUUCUGUUUCUUUUCAUCUUUUUUCAUAAAGAACACCAAGUAAGCCAAUUUUCGUAUCCGAUUGCCAUGUUAUACGGUACAUUAUUAAUGCGAAACAAUUGGGUAACGUGAUUCAUUUAUCUCCGGUUUGUUACAUUCGCGCACCUGUAUAUGAAAUAACGAAGCGAUAAGAUCGAAGUCGAAUGGCGUCAUCGUUACUAAAAGAUGAUAAAUUAAUUUUGAAUUAUCGACAAUGUCGAUCUACGAUGUUAGAAGAUUUGCGAAAAUGAUAACACAAACGACCUCGAUGAUAUCCGCACGUGAUCACGAAAAUUAUUCAACGGAUGUCGGAUUGCACCCUCGCUGCUUAAAAUUGCAAAAUGAUAAAAUUAUCUAGAUCGAAUGUAGCUUGGAAAAUAAUUUAGUGUCACAACGUGGAAAAUCAAAACAUUACUUAAACUAAUCGCCAGACUUUUAAAAAGGAUUAUUUACUAACGUCCAAAUUUAUUAGAGCACAGUUUUAUCGUUAUAAUUAAACAGCUUCGUGUUACAUAUAAGAAUUAUCUAUAUUCACGCAUAUAGAGGCGAGGUGAAAAAAGUAGAAAGUAAGCACCAACAUUAAAAGCAUUGAGGGUGCAUAUCCGUUUGGACAGUGAGUUUAGAGUUUAUACGAUAUAUCGAAUAUGAAAAAUGAUGCCGGUGCGUGCGAUUGUAACAAUAAGAAGCGCUCGAAAAAUCAAAAAUCGAAGAUGUCUGCCGAUGGCGCGCAAAUUUACGCCAAAAUCACAAUAUUAGCCUUUCGACGCGUACGAUCUGACACUCCUGUCUUCAGUGUAUGCGAUAAUGACUUUUCAAAAAUCGUGGGUGAUUGCUUGCACCAAGAGGAGAAUAAUGACGACGACGAUUAGCAUGCAUAAGUUUGAAAGUACGCGUGUGUUAAAAGUAGUUCAUAGAUGGCGUUCUUCGUCUUUAUCGAAGCUCAAAGAUCAAAGAAUCAUUGUGAUUCUUUAUGGAACUAAAUUUCGAUUCGUCUAGAAGCUGCCAAGAACAUUCCUUUAAUUAAAAGGAAUGGGAGCUUGCUAAAACGUCGUAAAAUGUCCAGAGAAAGCGUUAUAGUUUUCCUCUUCCUCUCCUAUACGCAAAUUUUCAAAGGGAUCAGUAUUAAAAAUAGUUUUUAAACUCGACAGUAAUGUUACAUUGUAUGUAAAACGUUGCGAUGCUAACGAUGAGAAAAGAUAAUUUAAAUCUUGUUUUGGGCUUUAAGUUAGUCGAUAAUAACGUAAUACACACCGAGGAGGAAGAGGAAGACACGUGGUGUGUCGAGACAAGUUACUGUUUAGAAGACGAAUUGGCACGCCAAUCGAUAUUCAAAUUCAGAUCUCCCCAGAUUCCCAAAUCUCUUCGUCUCGAAGUUUCACCUCUUUCCGUACGACGGAAGCACGUCGCAAAAUCACCAAGACUGCCAUUUCACCGCUCUCGAUUUAUAUCGCGCCAAGGUUUUACCUCAAGUACAUCCUACGGAGCCAAAUCGACCCAAUUCGAUCGAUCCUCAACGCGCUGAUUCGAUCUAAAUUCGAUGAGAGAGCCGAGUCGCGAAGCGCAACCUUCACUCGUGUAGAAUUGAGGGAUACACGUACGAGAAGGGGAGGAAUACAUGCAAAUGAAUACGCAAGAUCCUCGUUCCACCUCCCAGAGUUGCCGAUGUUCGAUCGUUGUACGACGAGUUCAGAAAAAAAGAAGGAAGCAGCCCAGAUGAAUCUUUUCGGUAUCUAUCCACCAUACAUCGCGCGUUAGUUUCCAUUGGUUAGCAUAUGUUGAAAAAUUAAGCUUCGUUAAUAGUGAAAGCUAAUUCGAAUUUGCGGAAUAACGGUUUUACUUAGAUCACUGUACUUAGUUUGGUACUGAAGGGGUUAAUUAUAAUCCCCCCCCGUCUAGAGUAAAAACAGAGGAUGCAGGGCAUGUGAUUCGAGGCUGAUACAUAAUGAAGAGUUAAAAACAAGAUGUAGGAGCAAGACGUAAGAGAUUAGUUUGCCAAUAUUAAAAUAUAAAAGAUAAAGAAAUAGCUGCAAGCGGUAACACUUGAGAAAGUAGAUGUUGCUGAGCGACAAAACCAAAGGCGAGCAAUUACCUAGAAAAGGCAUUUAAUUAGAAAAAUCCUUGUUCUUAUAUUUUAUUAUGUAUCGGCCGUUUUAGGCAAAGUGCAAGAGAUUACACGGCAAGUGACGAAGCAAGCAACCAACCCAAAAGAAAAAAAAGAAAGAGAAAAUAAUUAAUUCGAUUUCUGUAGGUAAUCUUAGAAGCGAUUUUAACAGACGGCUAAUCUCGUCUUUUAAUAGACACGAUGUCGACGAUGGUGAAACUUUAUUCCGCGAUACGUGUGAAUGAGUGGGUUGAAUGACGAUAUGAGUGAGUGAACGUGUGAGUGAUACAAAGAUGAACGAGGAAAGAAAGAAAGAGAGAAAAAACUAGAGAAACUGAGAAAAAUGAGAAAAUGAGAGAACAGAGUGUGAGAGGAAGAACGCGAGGUUGGAAGAGGAUGCGAGACAGGAAGAGAAACAGAGAGAUAAUGAAAUAGAGGAUAUUAUUAAUACAAAUAAUUACACGGAGGUUUACGUUACUCGCUUUUAAUACAAUAUUCGAACCUCUCGCCUCGCUGAUUUAGUCCGAGAAGAAGAAGUAUAGAAGUAAUAAAAAAGAGCAAAGUAUAAAAAAACCGCGCAUCAAAUUACCAGCCUAGCUAAAAUCGAGAAAAGGGAGGAAGAAUGUGUGCACGCAUGGGAGCACGAGACACGAGCGUGAAAAUGUUCUAGUAUAAACGAUAACUUUAUUACUACUACUAUUACCGCUAUUACUACUAUCACUACUGCAACCACUACUAUUACCACUACUACUUACUUAUCACUACUAUUUACUAUUACUAUUAACUACUAUUGCUACUAUUACUACUACUACUACUGCUGCUACUACUACCGAACAAAAAAAAACACGCUAUGGUGACGUAUCUCUAGAUAACGAGGAACUACUCCGCUAGGCAGCCAGUAGCCGUUAGUGUACACGAAGAUAGCCAUUAGGUGCGGCGAACUACGACAUCAUCGUAGUCGCUGCGUCUACGCGCGAAAUUAUCGAUAAUAAUUGUACCAAAAUUCCAAAUCUCCGUAGAAUCAAUCAAGCCGAGACAGUUGUAUAUAGUCGGCUCAAUGAACACGAAAACUGGACCGCCGACAGAUCGAGAAAAUACUGUGAAAUGCCAGAUGCGUUAUUAUUCCAUUCGGUUUCCAUCGGCAGACUUUCGUCACUCGAAAAUAGAUGCGAGGGGUGGAGCUCUCACGACGAACUUUCAAAGAUGGACGGAUCUCUGGUUUGUUCUGAUUGUUUCUGCUGCAAACAUCGCUCUCAUUAUAAUCGCAUGUAGAUCAAGUACUAAUAAUUAUAUUCGACAUUUGUUCUAUUCGAAUUGCUCGUCAAAUCAAUCAAACCGCAUGAAAAAAAUGAUAUUUCUAUGACAACAGUAAAGUUUCGUCAAAAUUUUAUAUUAUCGAUAUUAUUUAUCCGUGGGAGAGUUAGUUAGUAAUUUCGAAAAUAUUUUUCGGCCUCCGAAAUGAAAGUCUCCGUGUUAGAGCAAAACCCCUAAAAUCCGUUGGACUUCCAUUACGUUACGCCGUGUCUACUUUUAAUUACGCGUACAAAGGGAGGAGAGAGAGAAAACGAGGUGUCGCGGAAGUAAGCAACUUUUGACAUUACGUUUGUGCAUCGAGGCAUAAGACGGUGUCUUGCGAAAGACGUAAAAUGAGCGAACGGGAGUAUCGCCGAUGUUCCUUCUGUAAAAUUAAGUCACCCGCAUUCCCGGAGGAAGAGGGAAAGGAACGUUUCUCCCCUAUGAUCCUUUCCACAGGUCUGUAAGAAUCGACAAAGCGAUUGUCAUUUAUUAAAACGUCCCUCCGCCGAGGAUCCGUGAAAAAGGUAGAAAACGAAGGGGAGAACGAAAAGUAUGAAUGUACGCGAAAACGAAAAGAACAAGCGAACGAAUAAUGAGUAAUGAACGAAUGCACGCGCGUGAAUGAGAAUGAGUGAGAGGGAGAGAAAGAAUUAUCGGUGGUGAAUUAUGCGAGUCGAAGAUGCAUUCCGAAAUAAUUAGGUAACAAAUAAGAAAGGAGAAGAACUAGUCUCGCUACGAAGCUAGAGUUAUAUUCCGCUGUCGCCGUAGAACGAGAUGAGAUUCGUCUGCUAAUUAAUUAAUGCCGGAAGGAGACGCGAAGAGGAGCAAGUCGGCGCACCGUCGAGUUCCUUUUCUUGAUUAACCAAAACAGAAAUAACUAAUAAUAACAAUAGUAAUAAUUAAUAACGCGCGUACGGUAAUCAGGCUGGGUAGGAUAUUACGAAUAUUAUUAUACAAAAAAGAUAAAGCGAGUAAGUAAAGCAGUUUAGGGUGCCGGCAGUUUAGAGUGUCGCUCUCGGAUGUCCUCCGUCUUGUCUGAUCCUUCUCUGAUCGGAUCGUCGCGAUUGAUCCUUUCCCCGCUCGAUCUUGCCCGAGUGACAGCGUUAUCGAAUUAAAAUAGCAAUAAACUGCUAAAAUUAGUCGCCCGACGUGUCAAAUAAAAAAGAAUUCGGUCGCGGAUCGUCUCGCGAACGAAUAAUCGAAUACGCGAAGGGCAGAAUCGAUCGCAACGAAUCCUCGCGCAUUUAAAACAAGAUAAGGAUGUUACGGCGCGGAGGAUGCUCGAGUGCCGCUCAUAAAAAAAAGAGAGGAGAAAAUAGUAAAAAAGUUGAGAUAGAAGCGAGAAAUAAGAAGCAAGUGCGAGCGCUCGUAGAUCGAGACGAUCGCUUUCAAGUGAUAUAUUUAGGUAUUAUAUGGUCAAAUAUUAAAGUCGCUGAAAAUAACAUAAGAGUUGAAGCGAACGCGUUUAUUAUCACUCGGACGACGUUUUCGACGAUUGAUUUGUGCCGCGACAAGUAUUACGUGUAAAUGCGUGUAGAUAUAUCAUAUACAGGGUGAAUCGUAAAGUUCGGAGAUCAGUAGCAAAGUUGCAUUUCUCGGUGAGUUCGAGUCUGCUUGGAAGUUUCAUUCGAAGUCGUAAUUUAUCAGAAACUUUUGGAAUCUCAACUUUAACUGGCUUGCUAAUCGAACGUCGCAUUAAAUUCCUGCUUAUUUUUGCCGAGGCUUGAUUCGCUGAAGCUCUUUAACUUUGAAACAAUUUCGCAAUUAGGUUCUAGUACCGAAGCUUCUUCGAGGAAAAAUCGUCUGCAAAUUCAUCGAGGAAUAAGUGUCUGCUACCAACUCCUACAUUUGACGAAAUACCCUAUAUAUCAUGUACAUGAUAUAUAAAUAUAUAUACGCCUGAGAUAUGUAUAUGUAACUCUCUAACGGAGGCCGGGAGAAGACACGGGGCAGGUAAAUCGCAGGAGAAAAAGAGAACACGUCGCUCGCAAACUUGCAAAACAGAGAGAAGUAAUUCCUUUGCGCGAAGAGUAGAAAGUACUAAUGUUACUAUGUAUACACACGCAUACACGUGGAUACACAUACACACAUAAAACACACACAGAACAUAUGCAUAAAACAACGUACACGGAUGAUAAGAAUGAUUUUCGAAUAAGCUAUUUAGUAGGCUAAAAAAAUCUUUAAAGAAACCAAAAAGUAUAUAAAGAAUUUGUAACGCGAGGGCUGCACGCGGUGGCGGCCAUCCCUGCCAUUCUAGUCGGUCAGAAUCCGCUUCGUGAAUUAAUUAAAUUAAUUAAUUGAUUGAACAAGGACUCGUUUAUAUAGUGUUGAGCACUGUUUUAAGUGCUUUUCAUUUUUUGGCUGUGUGAAGCUUGUACUAACGUGAUUUAAUGGGGGAAGAGUCAUCUAAUUAUUAUAUCGACUUUGCGCAAUCACUCUCGAAACUUUUCCGAGGUACGAACGGCGGGAAAAGAUAUAUAAAAUAUGUGUGAAGAAAUCAAUGAGAAGGAAAUAAAAGAGGAGAAAAAAAUUAAGAAUUCUGUGGCGCAUCGAGAUCGCGACUAUGAAAUGUACGAAACAGAGAGAGAAAGGAGAAGAGAUACGAGAGGCAAAAAUAGCGGCGGCAGUCAUUCGAUCGUUAAUCGAAGGAUCAUUAAUAAAAUAAUUACUAAGUAAAAUUAAAAAUAAUAAUAAAAAAAUAGUAAUAACGCGUAAUGAAUAAAAUGGGAAUACACUAAUAAUAACCGAUAAGUCACAAGCGCCACGUUUCCCUCGAUACGUUAAAUGUACAUGAUAUGAUUCCGCAUCUCCGUUUGUACGCAUUUUAACAGACAGAAUGAGAAGAUGAAUAUGCAAGGAGGAACAAUGAGAAGUAAUAAGCGAUUUACUACAGGAUAUACAUUCAAUGGUGUAUAAAUACCAGAGGAAAAGAGAGAUAACUAUACUCUUAACGGUACUAGCUCACACAAAUAUCCUGCCGAGUUGCCCCGGGUUACGCUAAGAGCCCACCUGGCCCGUUUUAACAAACAAACAAAAGAUUUAUUAAGUUUAUAAGCGCUAAGAGGAACUAAGUCCAUCGCCUUAUUCAGAAUUAAACGUGAACUAUUAUCAGUAAAGGGAAGGGGAGGAAAAAUACGAGUAAGGAAGGAAAAAACGAAAAAAGAGAAAAAUAUCGGAAGAGAAAAGGAGAGAAAUACGCGAUAGUAAGCCUGAGUAUGAAGUGGAGAAAGAGACAGCGUGUAACACAUAUAAUCUAUUUUUCGCCUGCGCCAAAUGAUCCUACGAGAGAAAGAGAGAGAGAGAAAGAGAGAGCGAGAGAGAGAGAGAUAACUAUUAUGAUUAAAAAGAAAAAAGUAAGAACCGCUAAUUUUUCUAACAAGCCCGCGAACGCCGCCAGGAGGCCGAUCGAUGUCCUACGUCCUCCGACGGUGAUUUUUUGUAAAGCCACUAUUUCUAUAUGCGUAACGGGUCCCUGCGCUCCGUCGAUGAAUGGGGAAAAGAAAAUUCAGUGUAAUUAUUUGCCGAUUUCAGCGAGAAUCAGCACGAUCACAUAUAAAAGAUGAAAUACAAAAUGGUAACGAUGCACGAGGCUCGAUAAUGACUUCGUUCAACCAGAAAAAGAGAACUGUGAUACGACACACAAUUGUACUAUUUAUUGGAUAAUUAGUUCCUUUGGAAUCUGUCGCGUUUCUUUACUGAUCCUUUACUGACAAAUCCAUGAUUCUGCAGGUUUCUGCGAACCUAUGCACAAAAUCUUGUUGUUACGAAUCCUUAAUGUCAAGCGUCUCGGAUAAAACUUAAAUCUUUGAUGAGCUACCAUGAGUUUAGAGCUGUUGCUUGUUUUGGCAUUAACAGAAUUUAUUAUCGCGACUCGUGCAUCUUUCGUGAAAGAUUGGGAACUAACGGAGGUAAAGUUCCGUUAGCCGGGUACCAAGGCACUCAGGGCAACGAUUAAUAUCGAUCUUAUUUAUACGAUGAUCUAAGCUACUUUCGUUGUACGUUCAUUAUACUGGAAGAGAGACGAUACGACAAUUUACGCGCGGUAUAUCCGAGUGCACAUCUGUAGCUGUUAAAUGAAGUAAAGAUAUAAAAGGCUGCUCCCCCGAUUAUUAAUAGUUAACUUUCUGGAAAUAAUCGCGCAGUUUGUAAGCGAAUAAAACUGAUUUCCGAAGUUAUCACUCUCGGAACUUUCAAACAGUAGCAAUAGAUAAUUUAUACGAAGCAUUUCUCGUGUUUUUUUUCUUAUUCGUUUCUUUACGUCCAGAGAGUUUCAAAGAUGAUUCAUUCAGAUUCCACAUGUAAGAUGCGCGAACACAAUUCAGUUAACGAUGUAAGAUUAUGUUUAUUUGCGCAAAGUAGGGUCGCCGUUAUGUUAGUGAAUUCUUAAUGACAGCGAAUCAUUUGCAACUGGAAAAGAGAGGAUGGGACCGAGCAAGCUAAACAUGCGUCAGAGGAAAUCACGUGUACUGAAAUAUCAUGACAAGCAUAUCCAAUAAUACCAACACCAAGAAACAUUCGUGAGAAAAAGGAGGAAUGAGAUGUUUUCGUUGGUUAAAGGAACGAGACGCGAGAGAUACGGAGAAUAUGUAGAAAUCCUUUUAUAUGCGAAAAAGAGAGAUCGAAUUUGUUACAAAGUGAAACGGAUGCGUUGUUAUAUAUAUCCAUCAAUAAUUAUGUUCCUUUCGUCGAGUUACGAGGGAAGUUGAUAAGGAUGAUGUACAGUUCUCGAGGGUAAGUGUAAAACAGGAAUCUAUCGAUAGGCCCGUACUAGGGAUGAAAUGAUCCCUAUCCACUAGCUGUACAUUAAGAGCAGCCAUGUAGUGCUCAUAUAGCCCGUUUGUUAAUGUUUCAGAUACUUUAUUAAAUGUUGAUAUAAUGUACUGCGACAUUCCUUGUUUGUGCUGAAACUUGUUUCAGAUCUUUAACCCUUUAUAGAUUCUGAACGCCUGGAGUUUAAUGUGAUCUAAAGACGUAUUAUUUAGCGUUGGAGCUAACGUAUUUCGUAGUAGAGAGAGAGAGAGAGAGAGAGAGAGAGAGAGAGAGAGAGAAUAGAUGGAAAUUAAUUUUUGAAAAUUUUAAUUAACGAAUUAUCAUAGAAUUAUUAAUUAUUACGAAAGAUAGAUCACUCGGAUAAUUUUUCAAGUUAAGCUCAAGUACGUGUCACAGAAGACUCAGACUAUUAUAAACGCUAAUUUCUCAGGUUAUAAUUUUAAAGAAAGUAUGGUCCCCUAUAAAGGGUUAAAAAGCGAACACUCCACCCGUGUCAGUCGAUUGGUCGAUGAACCAUUCAUUAGCAAUCAUUAGCGCGUAUAUGAAUAUACAGGGUAAUUCGGAUAUACUCGUAAGAACUUUGGAAGCCUAUUAAAAGGUUCAAAGACUCCAGCAGACUAAAUAUAGACUUUUGUCAAUAAGUCUAUGUACGUUUUAAUUAAUCACUUAAUGUCUUUCUCGAUUUAAAUUUAAGACGCAUGCAAAGUUCUUGGGAGUAUUCUCGGAAGAUCCGGUGCAAAUAGUUAUAGUAUCCCAACAAAGUAUUCUCGUAAAAUCGAAUCGGUGAUUCGCGGAUAAGGAUGGGAGGGAGGGAAACGGGGUAAAUGUGAGAUAUAAAUAUUCUGAAAGAACGGAUAUCGGAACGAUAUAGAUUAUUUUAUUAUUUCUCUUUAUUUACAUUGUUUCUCAAGUAACAAAGCAGAAGUUUUCGCUUUAAUGCAUAAUUAAGACGUAAAUUUAAUUUGCGAUUUCUCUUGGCGAUUCACUGGUUUAAGAUGAGUUAUUAAUUGUUCUUAAUUAAAAUAGAUAAAUGAAAAGAACGUUUUAUUUUGUUUUGGGAGUAACAGAGAGUAACUCGCGUGAUUUAACCGUUUGAUUGCUAACAAUAUCCUUCUCGAUUCCGUGUUUCAGUUCUUCGUAAGAUGUAAUGUGAUUUUCUCUUUUAUUAUUGUGAAUUUAAAUUGCUUAUUUGAGUAUGUAAAAUUUACAAUUUUGCAUACAUAAUAGAAUUACAUCUACUUAUUAAUUAUAUUUGUGUUACGUCGUUGUGAUCCCAUCGAUCCUGAAUUUAUCAAAAUCGGACAAACGUAUUGAAAAAAUGCGCAAUAUAUUUUAUUACAUUAGAGAUUCUCUCGCGCUCAAACGGUUAAUCGGAAAGUCUCCGAUUCGCAUAACUGACGAGUUCUUCGCUGCCAAUUAAUUAUCGCUAAUUAGAGAUAGUGCGACGUCGAGUGAUCGGUAAUAUGAAAUCAAAUGAGUGCUAAGCCACGCUGAAAACUCCCCGAUCGCGAGCAGGAAGAAAGUAAAAGCGAUUUCACACGAGUCACAAAUUGAUAAAUUAUGGUGUGCUCUUUAUACAAGUGACAUUUUAUUGCGGUCGUGUGUAAAAAUUGCGAUAUACAAGGAUUAAUCCUGGUUCGUCAUCUUGCUGGCGCCAAUGGCGAAUUUAUUAAGCUUAAACCCUCAAACAUAUGGCUCUACAGUGUUCUGGAACUUUAGAACACACAAAUCAAAUCACUGCUACCGUUUGAAUGUAAUUCGAGCGUGAUCUUACUGCGAUUUGUGAUGCGAUUGCGAUUGGAUCGUGAUCUGAUUAAGAUUUGACUGUAAUCCAAUUGCGCAAUCCGAUUGUGAUUCGAUUUGAAUCCGAUUGUGAUCCGUGUGAAACCGAAUGAAUGAAAAAAAUAUCCACGCGGCACCUCACUCUUCUGCUAAUAUUUGCAAAACUCUGAAAAGAUCGCGAACGAUCCUGAAUAUAUUUAAAGAUGGCAUAUUGUCGAUAGUUUUUGAAUAUCGAUUUUUCCCAUCUUCGGAGAUGACAGAAUAAUAUCGAUAUUCUGGAAAUAUAUAAUACAUUUUUGCUACUUUUAAUGCUAGCAGUAACAGUGAUAAUGUUUCGGCAUUAUUGACGGUAUUAUUGGCUGAAAAUAUCGAUUUUCGUGUGCCAUCUUUAAAAGCGGUAAUGUAAUAUUGCUAAUCAGAAAAUAUCGAUAAAUGGCAGGACCUCGAUUUUUGCCACUCCAAGCCCGUGUAUACACGAGACAGCGCUCACGCGAAUAAUUUGUAACAUUUUAUAAAUAAAUUGGCAUAUCAGUCUUAUCAAUCGUGAGAAAGGGAGAGAGAAAGAGAGUGAGAAAGACCUUCCCUCCGAAAAUGAAAAAAUGAAAUAAAAAGUAUAAAGCGAAUGAACAAGAUGUGUGUGAAAGAGAGCAUGUGUAAAUGAAAGAAAGAAAGAGACGAGAGAAAGGGAGAGAGAGAAAAAGAAACUCGUAAAACUUAUUGUUCUCACUUCUUCAUCGAUGAACGCUCUGCUGGUUUGGAGCUGUAGUCAUAUCGUUAGCGUAUAAGUCUGUAUGUGACGAUGUUAAUUAUUGUAAUAUAAAGGAGCAGAAGAAAAACGAUACAGGAGAAAAAAAAGAGAAAUAACAUACCGUGCCGUUACUACCAAAGGAGGAUCAAUGCAGGAGGAUCAAACGGAGAAGAAAGGACGUGAUAUCAUUUGUCUGGUAUUACUGGGCAUGCUUCGAAGGAAUAAUUUUUUAUAAGCCGAGACUCUGUUUUCGACUUCCCGCAAUCUUUAGCCCCACCUCCCGGAUAUUUAGUGAAUAUUUUCACAACCGAAAUGUAAAGCUCUCCGUUUGUGUUACGCGAGCUGGACCGCUUUUCGCAGAUGAUAAAAAGGAAGGUAGAGUAAGCAUGAAUGAGUGAAUGAAAGAAAAAGAGUGUGUGUGAGAGAAACUGAGAGAAAAAAGUGUGAAAGAAAGGGAAAGGAAGAAUAAAGGCGAGAGCAAAUGAGAAUAGGAAGAAGAGCGAGAAAGGGAAAGAAAGUAAGAAACUAAAACAAAGGAGAGAAAGAGAGAGAGAGAGAGAGAGAGAGAGAAACAGAGAGAAACAGAUAAUAUGAAGAAGCAAUCGCACCUCGACCGAAUUUAAAUCUAUAAUUUCCUCUCACACCUCUGCGCAGUGUUUUGGGCCCUUCCGUCCAAUACGCGAUGUAUCACUGUCAUGAUUUAUUUAAUUUUUGCAAGUCUACGUACAAUAAAAUUGUUAUUGCUGAAAUGAUAAGUAUGUAAAAUAUAUAUACUGUACAUUUUGACCUUCGUUCUAAAAAAAAGCAUUAUUAAGGUCUCGCUGGACCAGGAUUCCUGCCGUCCUGGCGUGUGUUGUAAUUGUAUAUGUACAUAUACAUGCGUAUUUUUUAAUAUCAGACGGUACUUUACUCGAUAAUUAGGAUCGCUUAUUAGAGGGUAUGUAUAUUUAUAUAUAAAUAUAAAACACACAUGGGGCAUAUAUGUGUAUAUAAAUAUAUGUACGCAUACGCGUGCACGUGCGCGAGCGCGCGCGCGCGCGCGAGUUCGUGCACGCGUGCACACAUAUUGCGCGAUAAAUGAGAGCGGCAUUCCCGACGCCAUUGUCUGCGAUGAACGAUCUUCGAAAGGAAUAAAGCACUUUCACGU